AACCCCCCAAAAAGAAGAAAAAAAAAAGAACAAGAGAGUCCUCCCUUCAUCUCUUCUUCAUCAACAAGAGCCAAAACCCUAAUUUCUCGUUCGAGAAUCAUGCAGCCUUGUAGUCGUGAAAUGCAAGCAAUGAACUCUCUCUUAAACCCUUCUCAACAAAUCCCUCUCCAAGACCUACAAAUCAACGGUCACCAUUCGCAGUUCGAUGAUCCCGCUUCGUCCCACGAUGACUUCUUAGAACAGAUGCUCUCAACGACGUCGUUCCCUGUUUCUUCUUCCUCAUGGUCCGACCUCAAUAACCUCGACAACAAUGCCGCCGACGGGUUCCACCACGAAGAGAUUCUAGCAUCCAAGCUUAGACAACAACAGCAUCAUAUCAACGGCGGAGAUGGUAGUAACUCUUUCCAAGCUAUGAAGAUGAUGAUGAUGAUGCAACAACAGAUGAUGGCAGCGGGAAGACCCACGGUUUCCGCCUCCGGAUGCGGUGUGGGAAAUCAUCAGGGUGGUGGAGAAGGUUCCAUGCUAGCUUUGUUUAAUGGCUUCGGCGAUGGAUCUUUUCAUCAUCCACAAGCAAGCUUUGGGGCUAAUUCAACAACGGAGAUAAACCAAAGUCAGGGUCCGACAGCCGUCGCGCCGCCGCAGGAAAAGCCUAAACAAAAAGUUAGGGCAAGGAGGGGUCAAGCUACCGACCCGCAUAGUAUUGCUGAAAGACUACGGAGAGUUAGAAUUGCAGAGCGAAUGAAAGCUCUUCAAGAACUGGUUCCCAAUGCCAACAAGACAGAUAAAGCUUCAAUGCUUGAUGAGAUCGUCGACUAUGUCAAAUUCCUCCAGCUCCAAGUCAAGGUCCUGAGUAUGAGCAGAUUGGGCGGUGCGGCUGCUGUUGCUCCCCUUGUUACUGUUAUGCCCUCUGAGGGAGGUGGUGAUUGCAUUCAAACGAGUGCUAAUAAUGGUGGGUCCCUUCCACGAAGUUCCAAUGGCAACCAAAAGCCGCCUGCGAACGACAGCCUGACGGCGACGGAGCACCAAGUGGCUAAGCUUAUGGAAGAGGACAUGGGGACCGCCAUGCAGUAUCUUCAGGGGAAGGGUCUUUGUCUGAUGCCGAUCUCGCUCGCCACCGCCAUCUCAACCGCCACUUCUCAUUCGAGGAACCCAAUGAUCAGCAAUGUGAACCCAAACACCGGCAUUAACGGAAACGGUAGCCACCUCUUGCUACAAUCGAGCGGUGGUGAUGGGCCUUCCUCGCCUAGCAUGUCGGUGUUGACCGUCCAAUCAGCCACCAUGGGUAAUGGCGUUGUUGACGGAGCUGCCUCCGUUUCCAAGCCGUGAUGGCGGCGUCUCUGACUGACCAUAAUUAGCUCCAGUGAGUCAACUGAAGGGCAGCUUCGAGUCUAUGAAAAUAAGGUGGUCUUAGUUCAUUCGUGUUUUUAAGUAUCAAACGACACCGUAUUUACAUAGACUUUAUAGGCUAAACCCUAAAGCCAAUUCUCGUAAUGGAACAACUUUUAAUAUUAUAAUUAAAUAGCUGUAAUUGUUUUUCUAAUAUAAGAGUAGAAGAGUUCGAAAUCC